AUGAGUUUCAAAGGGUUUACAAAGGCAGUGGCGAGGGCGCCACAGAGUUUUCGCCAGAAGAUGAAUAUGGGUGAGCAGGUAGAAGAUCCGGUCUACGAAGAUGCUGAACGUCGUUUUAAAGAGCUAGAACUUGAGGUCAAGAAGUUAAGUGAGGAGUCUAAACGUUACUCCCAGGCUGUAAAUGGUAUGCUAAAUCACCAGAUUGGAUUUGCCCAAGCUAUGGAGGAGAUCUUCAAGCCGAUUAGUGGACAGAUGAGUGACCCUAAUGCAGCCGUCCCUGAGGACAAUCCACAAGGUAUCGAAGCCAGCGAACAGUACAGAGCCCUUGUCGCUGAGUUACAAGAGACUCUGAAACCUGAUCUAGCCCUCAUUGAAGAUAAGAUUAUCAAACCAUGUCUCGAACUGUUAAAAACUAUUGGAUACAUCCGUAAGAUGGCAACCAAGCGUAAUCACAAGAAGAUAGAUCUGGACAGGCGUAACAACACUUAUAAAAAGUACGAGACUAAAUCCAAUCCAUCACCCAAGGAUGAGGAGAAAUUGUUCAAGGCACAAGCUGAGUUGGAAGUUGCUAAGCACGAGUACGAUUACUACAAUGACAUGUUAAAGGACCAAUUACCACAACUGUUCAGUUUGGAAGCCCAAUUUGUCCAGCCGCUUUUCGUCUCAUUCUAUUACAUGCAGUUGAACAUCUUCUACACCUUGUACACCAAGACGGGUGAGAUGAAGAUUCCAUAUUUUGACAUGAGUACGGAUAUUGUGGAAGCAUACCACUUCAAAAAGGGUAAUGUGGACGAACAGUGUGAUUCAUUGACAAUUACGAAGUUCAAACUGGGGUACUCAAAGGCCAAAUUGGAAAUGACAAAGAAAAGAUACGGUAGCGGUGCACAGUCACCAACGGAAUCAUCAUCAGGAUUGAGCUCGCCCAAAAGUCCAGAAGCGCAACUAGCCUAUGCAGGUGCGCCUGGCGCUGCAGCUGGUGGUUACACUUCCCCAACAAGUUAUGGUAGUCACCCUGGAUUCACGUCACCACAGAACAGUUAUGCACAUCCAUCCUACGGAGCGCCAGAAGGUGCACCACCAGCUUACUCGACCGCUGCCUCCCCCUACACAACUGCGACUGCCUCUCCAGUUGCAAGUACUUUCCAUCCACCUGCGCCAGCAGCAGCAGCAGCAGCAGGAGCUGCUGCCGCUCCCAGUGUGGAAACCGUAACGGCUCUCUACGAUUACCAGGCACAGGCUCCAGGUGACCUAAGUUUCCCUGCAAACGCGGUCAUUGAAAUCGUUCAACGCACACAAGAUACCAACGAAUGGUGGACAGGCCGUUACCAUGGCCAGGUCGGUGUGUUUCCUGGUAAUUACGUUCAACUAAACAAGAUGUGA